AUGUCGUCGUAUUUGUUCUUCUCCAUUGGGCUGCUGCUGGGGUUUGUCUCUCUCUACUACAUGUUGGACUCCUACACUCCUCUAAGUGAGAACUUGCCCAUGCUACCUAAUUCAACUCAAAACAUAAGGAUUUUGUGCUGGAUCAUGACAGGACCCAAGUUCCUGGAGUCCAGAACCAGACACAUCAGAGCAACGUGGGCCAAACGCUGCGAUAAAACCCUGUACAUGAGCUCUGUCAGUACUGCCUUCCCCACUGUGGGACUGAAUGUGAGAGAGGGGAGGGAAAACCUGUACUGGAAGACCAUCGAAGCCUUUCAAUACAUCCACAAGCACCACAUGGAUGAUGCAGACUGGUUCUUGAAGGCAGAUGAUGACACAUUUGUUGUUGUGGAGAAUCUACGUUACUUGUUGUCCAAAUUCGACAAAGAGAAACCGUUGUAUAUGGGCAGGAAGUUCCGCCCAUUUGUCAAUCAAGGCUACAUGAGCGGAGGAGCAGGUUAUGUCCUCAGUAAGGAGGCCCUGAGACGGUUCAUCAAAGGGUUCAAAACUGGAGAAUGUACCCACUUCUCCAGCAUAGAGGACAUGGCUCUGGGGAAGUGUAUGGAGACGAUGAAGGUGGAGGCUGCAGACACUAGAGACAUUAAAGGGAGACAGACGUUUCAUGCUUUCCCUCCAGACCAUCACUUGGUCAGACAACUUACAAGACCACGUCCUUGGUUCCUGUUGUAUGACACCUAUAACUCAGCAGAGGUAUGAACAACAACACGAGGCCACAGUGACAAAGGAGACUAACAGAUAAUUUCUCAAAUGACAUUAGCAAAUCCAGUUAUCUGUGUUCUGAUAGUGGCUGAUGGGAGAUAAUGUCUCUUGUGGUAAAUACGGCUCUGGUAUCUCUCCUGGUUUCCAAUAGUCACUGUCUUUGUAGCUGAUGAUUAAUACUGCAUUAUUUAUCAUUUGAUCAUUAUAAUUGCAAUGUGUACAUGUGCAAAAGUCACACUGUAGGAUGUAACAUGUCCGGGAUUAAAUGUACAGUAGACAUCAAUAUGACAUCUCAUUAAUGUAGUUUCUUCUUAAAACACAUGGUGAUCACCAGCUGCAACGCUGCUGCAGCCACCAAUUCCGGUCAAAAUGCUCCAUUGAGUGAGAAAUCUUUAAAAACAGUGUUGUCCUGCUUGUCUGAGUGUGGGACACAUGUGCAGACCACUACUGGGACCAUAGUGUGUUUGAGAGUCUACAACUAAAUUAUUAGUGAGUUUCUCAGCAGGACGCUUCUCCUACAGAGCCAUGCUGUUGUAAUCCCUGUUGUCAGAAUGUGGUUUGUCAUUGUCCUCCUGAAAUAUGAAGGUCUUCCCUGAAAAGCUUUUGUCUGGAUGGCAGCAGGUGUUGCUCCUAAACCUGUAGAUAUUGUUCAGCAUUAAUGGAGCCUUCAUAGAUGUGAAAGAUACCCAUGACAUGGACUCUGAUGAUCCACAUACCAUUAGAGAGGCUGGCUUUGAACUGGGAGCAGAGAAAAAGCCAUUUGGCCAACUGGAGCAUGUUUACCUGUGGUUUCCUCUUUGUAUGGUUCAGUUUAAACCUCUAAUCUGAUCUUUUUCCUCUCUCUCUCUGCAGGGUCCAGACUGCUGCUCAGAUUUAGUCGUGUCCUUUCACUACAUUAAGCCUCUACAGCUGUAUUUUCUGAAUUACUUGACAUACCACCUGCGGGCAUAUGGAUACAAAUACAGAUUUAACCCUGAUGAGCAAAAUCCUGAAAAAACUGCAGAUACAACAAGCAGCACUUCUCCAUGA